AAGCUCGAAACUGAAAGCACAAUUUCAGGAGCCAUCUUGCUUCUUUCUAAAAACUACGUAAAAUUUUACAAUAGAUGAAAAUCAGUGGAUGUGAUUUGUCAGAUCUGCAUAUGAAGCUCCAUUAUGAGCAACACACAGACAUCAACAGAUGGAGAUUCUUCUCCACAGUCCAGUUCAGUUCAUCAGAAGCGAUCACAUCCAGAUUUCAGCUGUGUGUCUAUGAAGAGUAACCGCUCUUUGAAUCCACGAGAAGUUUUGUUCAAGAAUGAGGAAACAUCACCUGAUCUCAGUUCAGUUCAUCAGAAGAGAUCACAUCCAGACACGAAGGGUGACGUGUCUAUGAAUCCUCCAAAAAAAAUUAAGAGUUACGAUUCAUCGCCUGUUGUCUGCCAUGAGUCUGAACUCCUCAAGACAUUCAAAUCAAAUCUGAGGAAGAAGUUUCAGUGUUUAUAUGAGGGAAUAUCAAAAGAGAGAAACCCAACACCGCUGAAUGAGAUCUACACAGAGCUCUACAUCACAGAGAGUGAAAGUGGAGAGAUCAGUAAUGAACAUGAGGUGAGACAGAUUGAGACACAAUCCAGGAGAACAGUAACAGAGGACACACCAAUCAAAUGCAACGACAUCUUUAAAGCUUUACCUGCACAAGACAAACCCAUCAGAAGUGUGCUGACAACGGGAGUCGCUGGCAUUGGAAAAACAGUCUCUGUGCAGAAGUUCAUUCUGGACUGGGCUGAAGGGAAAGAGAAUCAGGACGUCCACCUCAUAUUUCCACUUCCUUUCAGAGAGAUCAACCUGAUGAAGAACCAAACACUCAGUCUUUUAGAUCUUCUUCAUCUUUUCUUCCCAGAGACAAAAGAACUUGAAAUCUCCAGCGGUGAAUAUAAAGUGUUGUUCAUCUUUGAUGGUUUGGAUGAGUGUCGUGUGUCUCUGGAUUUUCACAGCAGUGUGAGGUUGUGUGAUGUCAGUGAAUCAGCCUCAGUGGACGUGAUCCUGACAAACCUCAUGAAGGGGAAUCUGCUUCCCUCUGCUCUCAUCUGGAUCACCUCCAGACCAGCAGCAGCUGAUCUCAUCCCCUCUGAGUGUGUUGAUCGAGUCACAGAGGUACGAGGCUUCACUGACAAACAGAUGGAGGAAUACUUCAGCAAGAGAAUCAGUGAUGAGAGUCUGAACAACAGAAUCAUCUCACACCUGAAGUCAUCCAGGAGCCUCUACAUCAUGUGUCACAUCCCAGUGUUCUGCUGGAUUUCAGCCACUGUUCUAGAGAGAAUGUUGAGUGAAGCAGAGAGUGAAGGAGAGAUCCCCAAGACUCUCACUCAAAUGUACACACACUUCCUGAUCAUUCAGACAAACAUCAAACAUCAGAAGGACUAUGAGAAGAAAGUGAAGAAUGAUGAAGACAUGAUCUUCAAACUGGGCAAACUGGCUUUUGAGCAGCUUGUGAAAGGGAACCUGAUCUUCUAUGAUGAGGACCUGAGAGAGUGUGGCAUUGAUGUAGCAGAAGCAUCAGUGUACUCAGGAUUGUGCACUCAGAUCUUCAGAGAGGAGUUUGGCCUGUAUCAGGGGAAAGUUUACAGCUUUCUUCAUCUGAGUGUUCAGGAACAUCUCGCAGCUCUUUAUGUGCACCUCUCAUUUGUAAACAACAACAGAAAUCUGUUUGAUCAAAUUAGGGAUCCAUCUUCUUCACCCAAUGGUGAACAGUCCUCCUUGUCUUCUUUACAUCAGAAAGCUGUGGAUGUGUCUUCAGACAGUAAGAAUGGAUAUCUGGACCUUUUCCUGCGGUUUCUUCUGGGUCUCUCACUGGAGUCCAAUCAGAAUCUCAUACAUCAUCUACAGACAGGAGGCUUCUGCUACAAAAAAGAAGAAACAGUUGUGUUCAUUCAAAUGAGGAUCUGGUCUAACCCUUCUCCAGAGAAAUCCAUCAAUCUCUUUCACUGUUUGAAUGAACUUGGAGAUCCAUCCCUCAUAGAGAUAGUUCAACAAUAUCUUCGAUCUGGUCAAAUAAGAGAAAUGAACCUCUCGCCUUCACAGUGGUCAGCAUUAGUUUUUGUGUUGCUGACUUCAAAGCAGAACAUGAAAGUGUUUAAACUGAAGGAAUUUGUUCAACCACAACUCACAGCUCAGAGGAACUCGUCUGCUUUAUCCAGUUUAGAUCAGUCUAACGCUGAUGAAUUUCUGCAGAAGCUUCUGCCUGUGGUUAAAGAAUCCACAUCUGUCGACAUUAGUUUUUGUAAUAUCACAGAUGAAGGUUGGGCUGUUCUGGCUUCAGCUCUGAGAUCAAACCCCACACACCUGAGACAUCUGGAUCUGUCUGUUAAUAAAGUUGGAGAUUCAGGAGUGAAGCUGAUCUCUACUGUACUGGAGAAUCCUCUCUGUAAACUGGAGACACUGAAGUUGAGUCGGUGUAAGAUCACAGACGAAGGUUGUGUUGCUCUGACUUCAGCUAUGAGAUCAAACCCCUCACACCUGAGACAUCUGGAUCUGUCUGUUAAUAAUGUAGGAGAUUCAGGAGUGAAGCUGAUCUCUACUGUACUGGAGAAUCCUCUCUGUAAACUGGAGACAAUGAAGUUGUGGAUGUGUAAUAUCACAGAUGAAGGUUGUGUUGCUCUGAUUUCAGCUCUGAGAUCAAACCCCUCACACCUGAGACAUCUGGAUCUGUCUUAUAAUAAAGUAGGAGUUUCAGGAGUGAAGCUGAUCUCUACUGUACUGGAGAAUCCUCUCUGUAAACUGGAGACACUAAAGUUGAGUUGGUGUAAUAUCACAGAUGAAGGUUGUGUUGCUCUGAUUUCAGCUCUGAGAUCAACCCCCUCACACCUGAGACAUCUGAAUCUGUCUGUGAAUAAUCUUGGAGAUUCAGGAGUGAAGCUGAUCUCUACUGUACUGGAGAAUCCUCUCUGUAAACUGGAGACACUGAAGUUGUGGAUGUGUAAUAUCACAGAGGAAGGUUGUGUUGCUCUGUCUUCAGCUCUGAGAUCAAACCCCUCACACCUGAGACAUCUGGAUCUGUCUGAUAAUAAAGUUGGAGAUUCAGGAGUGAAGCUGAUCUCUACUGUACUGGAGAAUCCUCUCUGUAAACUGGAGACACUGAAGUUGAGUCGGUGUAAGAUCACAGAUGAAGGUUGUGUUGCUCUGACUUCAGCUAUGAGAUCAAACCCCUCACACCUGAGACAUCUGGAUCUGUCUGUUAAUAAUGUAGGAGAUUCAGGAGUGAAGCUGAUCUCUACUGUACUGGAGAAUCCUCUCUGUAAACUGGAGACACUGAAGUUGAGGAGGUGUAAGAUCACAGAUGAAGGUUGUGUUGCUCUGACUUCAGCUCUGAGAUCAAACCCCUCACACCUGAGACAUCUGAAUCUGUCUGGGAAUAAAUUAAGAGUUACAGGAGCGAAGCUGAUCUCUGAUCUAAAGGAUGAUCCGCAGUAUAAACUUGAGAAAAUAAAUAAGAUUUAUCCACCAGAGACCUCCCAUGUGGGCAUCACUGAUCUGACAAACCCAUUUACAUUGUGGACAGAAAAAGAAUGAUGAAACUCAUAACAGCACAGAGAAAACACAAAAAACCAAGACUUGAACCAAAGAUCUUCUCAUGAGGUGCCAGUUCUGUCUUCUGAGUCACUGUGAUACACGUCGUUUCUUACCUUAAAACAGAAAGUAAAUGGCUUUUCCUCAUGGAAAGGUCUGCAUUCGGUAAAAAUUAGCUAAUCAAAUAUUUCUAAAUCAAAUUCAUGUCCAGUUUUUUCUCAUGUGGCAAGUAGCCGUGUAAUAAUGUACAUGAAGCAUAUUAUAUAGUCGUUUUAUUUGACUUGAUUGUUGUUUAAACUUGUGAUCACAUAUAAACAUAAUAAUCUGUGUAUCGAUUGUCCACAAUGUAUCUAACUAGAAGAGACAUUGAUUAUUAUUCAAUAUCAGUUAUUUUUAUUUAAUUAAAAAAAUUCUCAAAUAAACUUU